AUGGACGAAGUUUCGAUCCGUGUGCCGUACAGGAACUUGAAGCAGGAAGUGGAGCUGGUGAGCGCUAGCGAAUGGGAUCAUGAGCGCCCUAUACAGAUCCACGAUUCAUCGUCGGCGCCGGGAUUGUCGCACGGCGGCGGAGAAACGUCCCCGGUUUCUGAUCUGCCUCACCCGCCGCCGAAAAAUUGCAGCUUAUUGACGCUGAUCCUCAGUUGCACGGUGGCCGCUGGGGUUCAGUUUGGAUGGGCCCUUCAGCUGUCCCUCCUCACUCCUUAUAUUCAGACGCUUGGUAUAGGGCAUGAAUUUUCUUCCUUCAUAUGGCUUUGUGGUCCCAUAACCGGCCUUGUGGUUCAGCCUUGUGUUGGUAUAUGGAGUGAUAAAUGCACCUCAAAAUAUGGCAGACGAAGACCAUUUAUUCUUAUUGGAUCUCUAAUGAUCUCGAUUGCUGUCAUAAUAAUUGGGUUUUCUGCAGACAUUGGUUACAUAUUAGGGGAUACAAAAGAGCAUUGCAGCACAUUCAAAGGGACCCGCACAAGGGCAGCUUUUGUCUUUGUAAUUGGAUUCUGGAUGCUAGACCUAGCAAACAAUACUGUGCAGGGUCCAGCUCGAGCUCUCCUUGCUGAUUUAUCAGGUCCUGAUCAAAGAAAUUCGGCAAAUGCUGUAUUUUGUGCUUGGAUGGCUGUUGGGAAUAUUCUAGGAUUUUCUUCAGGUGCUAGUGGAAAUUGGCACAGAUGGUUUCCUUUUUUGACCAGUAGAGCUUGUUGCGAACCAUGUGGGAAUCUCAAAGCAGCAUUUUUAGUUGCAGUGGUCUUCCUUACUUUCUGUACGCUUGUAACCCUCUACUUUGCGAAGGAAGUACCACUGAUGCCAAAGCAAUCACAUCGUCUAUCAGAUUCUGCUCCUCUCUUGGAUGACCAUCAGUUAAAUGGCCAUGACCCUUCAAAAACGAAAUUUGACUCGGAACCUAAACAAAUCAAAAUUAAGUCUGAGAGGCAUCACAAAAUGGACAAUGAUGAUAGAACUGAAGAAGAAAACGGUCAUGAAAAUGACGACGAUGGCUUUAGUGACAGCCCCGGGGCUGUUUUGGUUAAUUUGCUAACAAGCUUACGUCAUUUACCUCCAGCAAUGCAUUCAGUGCUAGUGGUCAUGGCUUUGACUUGGGUUUCCUGGUUUCCCUUUUUCCUAUUUGACACUGAUUGGAUGGGGAGAGAAGUUUUUCACGGUGACCCAAAGGGAGAGGCUGCUGAAAUUCAAGCUUACAAUCAAGGUGUCAGAGAAGGUGCAUUCGGUUUGCUAUUGAAUUCUGUUGUUUUGGGCAUUGCUUCCUUCUUUAUUGAACCAAUGUGCAAGUGGAUUGGAUCCAGACUAGUUUGGGCUUGUAGCAAUUUUAUCGUGUUUGUAUGCAUGGCUGGCACUGCUAUUAUUAGCUUGAUAUCUGUGAGACAACAUUCUGAUGGGAUUCAACACGUUAUUGGUGCAAAUGGGACCACCAAGAUUGCCUCUUUAGUUGUUUUUGCUCUUCUUGGCCUCCCUCUUUCUAUCACUUAUAGCGUACCGUUUUCUGUUACUGCUGAGCUGACUGCUGAUUCAGGAGGUGGACAAGGACUAGCAAUCGGAGUCCUAAAUCUAGCCAUUGUGGUACCUCAGAUGAUUGUCUCGCUUGGUGCUGGCCCAUGGGAUGCAUUAUUUGGUGGUGGAAACAUACCCGCAUUCGUCUUGGCAUCCUUUGCAGCCCUUGCAGCCGGUGUUAUUGCAGUACGUAAACUUCCAACUCUUUCAAGCAAUUCCUAUAAAUCGACCGGCUUCCAUUUUGGUUGA